UACCUUUUAGCAUAUAAAUCUCCAAUAAGUAACAUGUCAGCAAUCACCAUACAACCUCCUCGGCCUGAACUGACAGUGAAUCCACGGACGCUCAUAGAAACAGACUCAGUCACAGUGAACUGUCAGACUCCAUCAUCUGUUUCUGUGACUCAGUGUUUUUUGUACUUUGUGAGAGGAAAAAAAUCUACGUCCAUCUCCUGUCAGCAGAGACUUAAUGGAACUGAGCUCCUCUCUAUGGCAGAGCAGAGCUCGUCUGGUGAGGUUGAAGUGACAUGUUUUUACAUGACAGAGCGUAAAGGAAGACAAUACCAGUCUCCUCACAGCAACACAUCUUCAAUCAACAUACAAACUACUCGACCUGAACUGACAGUGAAUCCACGGAUGAUCACAGAAACAGACUCAGUCGCACUGAAUUGUCAGGCUCCAUCAUCUUUUUCUGCGACUAAGUGUUUUUUGUACUUUACAAGAAGAAGAAACUCUACACCCAUCUCCUGUCUGCAGAGUUUAAGAGGAACUGAGCUCCUCUCUUUGAUACAGCAGAGUUCACCUGCUGAGGUUGAAGUCACAUGUUUUUACAUGACACAACAUAAAGGAGAACAAUACCAGUCUCCUCACAGCAACAUAUAUUUCAUCAGUAUACAAACUGAAAAAAACACUUUGACCUCUGCUCCUCCUACUGCUAUGAACUUCACAAGUGACACAGUCACAAGGGACACAACUAUUGUAGACUUUACUUCUACAAAGCUCAGCACUAAAAGGACUACUUCUUCUGUCACUACACGAAGGAUAUCUUCAGUACCUUUUAAACUUCUACCUGUAAUUGCAACUGGUUUUGGUGUAGUCGUGGGCGUCAUCUCACUGGGAAUGGCUCUAGUGUGUGUGAAAAAAAGAAGUGGUGAUUUUUCAAGCACAAGAAAAACUGACAGAAGAGGAUGGAUGUCUCCAGAUGAUACUGAAGCCUUCAAUAUGACCAAUUUAGUCCCUGGUGAUGACCCACCUAAAGGGUCUGAUCAUCUAAACAGAAAAGAGUCUCAAACUGAGAAUUCUUCUGUAUACCACUUGUACUCCACCAUCCCUGAGGAGCCAGAUGAAACACCUACAACGAAAACAGAACUGGCGUACAGCACUCUACAGCCACACUGAAGCAUAUGAAAAAAUACUGAACUGGAAAAAAACAAAAACAAAAGAUAAGACUAUAUGGCCAUUACACACUCAAGCCGUAUAGACAAGGCAGGAGAUGUUUUUCUUUUUUUAUGUAGGAAUCUCACCCGGAUAACUUUUCUACUUCAGCUUUCAAAUUGUAUUAAAGACAACAAUUUUCAAAAGAUUAACAUACAUUUUUUUAUUUUGGUGUCAGCCCAUAGCUUUGUAUUAACAGUGCAAUGUGUUAUUCAAGCAGCAUUUGUGUUUUUCUAACCUUUUUUUCCCCAAGAUUUAUUUUGGUUUUUAUUUUAAUAACAAAAGCUGUUACAGAAUACUCAUGGAACAUAGUAAAUAUCUACAACUCAUUACAAUAUAAUAAGUUAUUGUCACUGCAGAAACAAAAGUGUAUAUUUUUGUAUCCAUGCCAUUCAAGGAUGAUUUCAAGCAUCAGAAAACCAAACACAUACUUGCUCGUUGCUGUUGCUUUAUACUAGAGUAUGUAGGGGUAGACUGCCUUU